AUGUUGUCCGCACAAGAAAAGAAAGAAAAGGAGCAGUUCUUUCGAGACCUAGAUCGUUUAGGCGACCUUGACGAGGACACACAGGAAGAGGUGACCCUGAGCGUUCCCGUACCACCACUUACGGACCCCCAAACUAAGCCGGCAGUCAGCAUGCCUAGAGCAACGCUAGCUCCGAGUAAAGCAGUCAUCGAAGAGAAGACACCGUUGAGCCAGAAGAGGAAGCAAUCGGAGGACGCUGCACAGCCGGAUCAAAGAGCAGUACGCCAACCUCGUUUGGCCAGGUCAUCCACUCUUCCCGAGCAGCAACCAGCCCAGAAAGGACGACCGAUACCUCGUCUAGAAAGGGCGGCGACUGUGCCCGAGAAAGGCUCGACCAAGGCUAAACAUCCUAAGUUGAGAACAAACUUUACAGACCUUUCGAAUGUCCAGGCGCGACUCAAAGGUGAAGGUCGACCAAAGCUCAAACAGCUUCCAAAGUUCGCGGCAAAAAUGAAGCCAGUCGACCCGGACAAGCAGAUCUUCAAGGGUCUCGUCUUCUACUUCGUACCCAACAAUGACGAUGAUUCUGGAGCACGCAUCCGCAUACAUCAGGCGAUCCAGCACGGUGCGCAAUGGACGCACGAAUUCUGCGGAGAAGUCACUCAUAUCAUCGUCACCAACAACGAACUCGACGUGAAAGCUGUGGCCAAGUGGUUUUCUUCACAGGAAAUACCAAAAAAGCCUCCCCUCUUGCGCAUCAGUUGGCUGCUGGAGAGCUGCAAAUCUCGGUAUUUGCAGGAAACUCACUGGGAGCGCUUCCAGGUUCCCGGGUGGAAAGCUUUGCAUCAUCCGAACGAGGUCGUUCUUCCACUUGUUGCGAACGCGGAAAUUCCUGGCCUUACAAUCGACAGGUCCUCACAUGCGAAUGCGGCUCUGCAGGACUUAAAGCGUGAUGACAGUUCAAGACGUGAACCUGAACACCUUAAUCAGAAGAGCGACAAUGAAGCCGCCGUGGAUAUUCUUGAGAUUGCGAUUAGGGAUGUUCGAGGGGGUGCGGAUGUGGCUGCGGCUUCCGACCCGUGUGAAGAUUCAGAAAGCGGAGACGAGGAUGCAGAACGUCAUGUUGGCGAUCCAAGAGGCUCCAAUGCCAACACCGCUACCAAGGUCUCGAAUAACACCGGCUUCUUAUGCAUGGAAAGUCAUACUGCCAUAGCCAGAGGCCCGAACGCCAACGCUGCGACUAUCGAAAAGUUGCAGGAGAUGGUAACCAUGUAUGAGAGCAGAGGUGAUCAAUGGCGGACCAAAGUUUUCCGAGAGGCAAUCGGGAAACUGCGCCGGCACAGUCAACUGAUUCGGACAAGUCAAGAAGCUCGGAAGAUCGGACUGGGUGAGAGUGUUGCUGCCCAGGUCGAGGAGAUUGUGUCGACAGGCCGGUACAAGCGGCUGGAAUAUGCACAAAAUGACCCCAGAACUCAAGUCCUCAAGUUGUUCAAGGGAGUCUAUGGCGCCGGGGAGGCCACAGCUCACAGCUGGAUAGCCCAAGGCUUCCGAACGCUGCAGGACCUCCAAAAAAGUGCCGACUUGACGCCCAACCAGCGGAUCGGGCUCCAACAUUAUGAUGACUUCCAGCAGAGAAUCCCUCGCAAAGAGGUCGAGCAACAUGCCGCCGUGGUGGAAAGCGCCCUGAAAGCUGCAGACCCAAAACUUCAGCUGAUCAUCGGAGGGUCGUACCGAUGCGGCAGCAAAGACUCGGGUGAUAUCGACUGCAUCAUCACCAUGGAAGGGGCGGACAUAGUCCGUAUUCGUACCUUGAUGCUCGAUACCGUCAUGCCAGCUUUGUCAGAUCAAGGCUUCUUGAAAGUGGCACUUGCCACUGGACGUUCUUCCGGGGACGAUACUUCGAAAUGGCACGGGGCAUCAGCACUUCCUGGUAGCGAGAGGUGGCGACGUAUCGAUUUCCUAUUCGUACCAUGGGAGGAGCUUGGAGCAGCAUUGAUCUACUUCACAGGCAAUGACCUGUUCAAUCGAAGCAUCAGAUUCCUCGCAGGGAAAAAAGGAAUGCGGCUGAACCAACAUGGCCUAUGUAAGCAUGUAAUGAAGGGUGCUGGGCGCCAGCGAAUUGAUGAUGGGGCGUUAAUGGAAUCACACGACGAAAGAAGGAUCUUCCAAAUAUUGGGAGUACCGUACCGCCCACCAGAGGAACGGAACAUAUGA